AUGGCACCGCCGCCGCUCUCCUACACCAAGAUUACUCACUCAACCUCCUACCCUGCCAUCUCUCCUAGCUCGCCUGCCCUGUCGACUAAUGGCAAGGUCGUUGUGAUCACUGGUGCCUCUGGCGGUAUUGGUCGCGCCACUGCCGCUUCCUAUGCUGUCUCAGGGCCGCGGGCUCUUAUUCUCCUUGGACGCCGCUCUGACGCCUUGGCCGAAACUGCGGCCCUCGUGCGCUCUAAGAACGCCGACGUUGCGGUGCAGACUCACAACGCCGAGCUCUGCGACGCACCAGCUGUUCGUGAAGUCUUCAACAAGGUGGCAGCCGAGUUUGGCGGCAUCGACAUUCUGAUUCACGCCGCUGGUGUUCUGGCCCCUGUUGUUCCUCUUGUUGAAGCAGACCCUACCACUUUCCUCGAUGGCUACAAGACGACCGUCGUGGGAACGCUGGUGGUGGCGCAGGCUGCCGUCUUGGCCAACAAGGACAGGGAGCUCACCUUCAUCAAUCUCACCACUGCGGGUAUCUUGUUCCCUCCUUUCCCCGGGAUGGCUGCCUACGUGAGCAGCAAGAUGGCGGCUGUCAAGCUCCUGCAAUCCUUCGCUGCCGAGAACCCUCAAGUGCGCCUCCACCACGUGCACCCCGGCUUCCUCGACACCGCCAUGUCCGCGCAGUUGUCCAAGACUACCAAGCUGCCCUUUGAUUAUGACGACAUCUCUCUGCCAGCUGACUUCCUCGUCUGGAUUGCUUCUUCUGAGGCAAAGUUCCUCAAUGGCAAGCUUGUCUUCUCUGCCUGGGACGUUGAGGAGCUCAAGAGCCGCGAGAAGGAGAUUGUCGGUGGGCAGCCUGGAACUGGCGAGCUGUGGCUUAGUUUCCAAGGGUUUCCACGAUACAUCGGGGGCAACCCUCUGCCUGGUGCUUGA